AGGACGUUGAAUUCAAAUAAGCGCCUAAUAAAUAGUACUUUAGUAUCAUAAAUCAAGAUCCUAUUGUAAAGAGAGGCAAAUAUGCCUUCUAUCUACAACCAAUGUGUAGAAAUGAUAGAAAAAUUUCAAAUAUUGUUAUCUACAAAGGUCAAAACAAGAAACAAAGAAGAAAAGAUCCAAAUCAAUGAGUCCACAUUUGUAUAAAAGGGAAAAUAAUCGAGGUAAAACCUUAUUAUAAUUAAAUGAUACGAAUGAUCAAUCAAAGGCUGGGUUCUUGUGAGUGUAUCUGAAGACUAGAAAUGUGUCCUGAUAAUCUUUACUAAUAUUAUAAAGCUGAAGAGUUUGUUUGUUUGAUCGCGCUAAUCUCAGGAACUAGUGGUCUGAUUUGAAAAAUUCUUUCAAUGUUAGAUAGCCCAUUUAUCGAGGAAGGCUAUAGGCUAUAUAUCAUCACGCUAAGAUCAACAGGAGCGGAGCAAUGCGGGUGAAACCGCAGCCUAAUAUACAAUGAAUCACUUUUUCCCUUGGUCACAGCAUCACACAAGAAUGGUUCUGUGUGGUGUUACUGGUGUCUCUGCCUUUUACAUUAUGCAAACCACAAGCUUCUAGUGGAGGCGGUCCUAACUUAGAUCCUGUUACAGAUGCGUCCAUGCCAUGUACUCUACAAAAUGGGUCAAAAGGAGAAUGCGUACCGUACUUUCAGUGCGAUGAGUCUCUCACAAUUAUAGACGAUGGCUCCGAUCUUUUGGACCUCAGGUCUUCCGUGUGUGCACAUUACCUGGACGUAUGUUGUGCACACAACAACGGGACAAAAACAACAACCACACCUGUGCCUGAGGUAUUCCACAGUUUACACGAUGAAGGUGAUACUCAUAUUACACAGACCGCCUUCAGUAUGCCUGUAUCUUCAAUUGUUCAUAAAUCUCAGGAAUUACCAGGGUGUGGCUGGAAUAAUCCGAAAAUUAGAGCAUUUAAAACAACAACAAGGGAAGUGGCUGAAAAUAGUGUAUAUGCGAACUACGGGGAUUUCCCCUUUAUGGUCGCUAUAAUAAAGCAAAAUAACAUAAGUGAUGUAUGGUCUCCAAGAGAUUAUGUUGGCGGUGCUGUUCUUAUACAUCCAUCUUAUGUAUUGACUGUAGCCCAUAAAGUAGUCCAGUUUGAGCCUUCAGAGAUAAAAUGCCGCGCGGGUGAAUACGACACGCAAACAAUAAAGGAACAAUUUUUACACCAAGAAAGAAACGUGAAGGAAAUUACAAUUCACGAAAACUAUUUUAGAGCAUCUCUAUACAACGAUAUAGCAUUACUAUCACUAGAAAAACCCUUCGAUUUAACUCCGAACAUUGGAAUAGGGUGUCUCGGUAAAAAUUUGCCGGGUAAUGACGUCACAUGCUUUGCGAUGGGCUGGGGGAAAGAGUUUGACAAAAACUACGCGGACGCUAUUAUAUUGAAAAAGGUGAAACUAAAUCUAGUAGACCGUUCGACUUGUGAGCGUCAAAUGCAAGAUGAACGUUUUGGACCCCUGUUUAAGUUGCACGAAUCGUUCGUAUGUGCGGGGGCUGAAGAGGGGGUUGAUACUUGUAAGGGGGAUGGGGGUUCGCCCCUCGUAUGUACUGAAGAAGUAAAGGGCGAUGAUAUAAGAUACGUGGUCUAUGGCCUAGUUGCCUAUGGUCUACGGUGUGGCGUAAAAGACGUUCCUGGGGUAUACGCUAACAUACCAAAUUUAUAUAACUGGAUAGACAAACAGAUGAACGGACAGGACAAACCGUAUAUAUAUUAGAAUAGAUAUAGUUUGAAGUCAAAAGAGUGGAUGUCAGACGUGAAACUUCUUUGGCAAGAUUCGAAGAUACCAAAAUCGUCUUACUCCAUGACGUGACGUUAUUAUAAAUAUGUAAUCGUAAUUGAAAAAAGUUAAGCAAAUGUGCAGUUCUAACAAAUCGAAAU